CCAAGAUUAUCCAAAAACAAAAAAACUGCUAAAAACAUGAAAGCGACAUCUGCAACGUACCGACUCCCAGAUUCAUCAACAACAACAACAACAGCAACAACAAGAAGAAGCACAUUCAUAUUCAUCACCUGAUAACAACAAAACUUCUCUUCCAAUGUCUACUUUAUGAUGAGUUUCUUCAUCUUUCAUUUCUACUAAAACCCAAAAAAAAAAAAAAAAAUUCCCAGAAAGCUGAGAGAUUUGGGUUGUCUGUAAAUGGGGUUGGGAAGCGGCGAAAAGCCCACGACGACGACCUUCUCAUCCUCCUCUGCAAGCAAUAUGAAACCCACAAACGCAAUAACCGACAACGACCAAAAAGGCAAAGAGAUCGCUCGGUACAAUGCCGACGCCGGAAUUCUCGCCGAGUUUGAGCAAUCCGGUGUUUCCGGUAAGUCCUUUAACUACUCAAGAUCAGUUCUUAACGCCUCGCAAUCCGUGCCCGGAAAACAGAUUACCGCUUACUUGUCGAGGAUUCAGAGGGGCGGUUUGGUCCAGCCCUUUGGUUGCAUGAUUGCUAUUGAGCAACCCAGUUUUAGAAUCAUUAGUUACAGUGAGAAUUGCUUUGGAAUUUUGGGUUUUAAUGGCGAAGGUAGUUUGCUUGGGAUUGAUGCUAGGACACUUUUCACGCCUCCUUCUGGGGCUUCACUCACUAAGGCGGCGGCUUCCAGGGAGAUUUCGCUUUUGAACCCGAUUUUGGUCUAUUCGAGAACUACCCAGAAGCCGCUUUAUGCCAUUUUGCAUAGAAUUGAUGUCGGCACUGUGAUUGAUUUGGAGCCCGCGAGGUCGGGUGACCCUGCAUUGUCGCUUGCAGGCGCGGUGCAGUCGCAGAAGCUCGCCGUGAGGGCGAUUUCUAGGCUGCAGUCUCUCCCCGGGGGAGAUAUAGGAGUGUUGUGUGACACGGUUGUGGAGGAUGUUCAGAAGCUUACUGGAUAUGACAGGGUUAUGGUUUAUAAGUUCCAUGAUGAUGAUCAUGGUGAGGUGGUUUCCGAAAUCAGGAGGUCGGAUUUAGAACCUUAUUUGGGGUUACAUUAUCCUGCCACGGACAUUCCACAAGCUGCUCGGUUUUUGUUCAAGCAGAACCGUGUUAGGAUUAUCUGCGACUGCAAUGCCACUCCAGUUAGGGUCGUUCAGAGUGACGAGCUGAAGCAGCCGUUGUGCUUGGUCAAUUCAACGCUCCGUUCUCCACAUGGCUGCCACACGCAGUACAUGGCAAAUAUGGGUUCAAUUGCCUCGCUGGUGAUGGCAGUUGUCAUAAAUAGUAACGAUUCGAUGAAGCUUUGGGGGUUGGUUGUAUGCCAUCACACCUCACCGCGAUAUGUUCCUUUCACCCUUCGAUAUGCCUGCGAAUUUCUUAUGCAAGCGUUUGGACUCCAGCUCCACAUGGAGCUCCAAUUGGCAUCCCAACUGGCUGAGAAAAGAAUUCUCAGAACACAGACAUUGCUUUGCGACAUGCUGCUCCGAGAUGCCCCAUUUGGGAUCGUGACACAAUCCCCGAGUAUCAAAGAUCUAGUGAAGUGUGAUGGGGCUGCAUUGUACUAUGGCGGUUCAUGUUGGUUACUUGGUGUAACUCCAACUGAAUCACAGGUAAAAGAUAUUGCAGAGUGGCUGCUAAAAAAUCACGGGGAUUCCACAGGGCUGAGUACCGAUAGCUUGGCGGAUGCUGGCUACCCAGGUGCGGCUUUAUUGGGUGAUGCUGUUUGUGGCAUGGCUACCGCGAGAAUCACAUCGAAAGAUUUCUUGUUUUGGUUCAGGUCUCACACUGCAGAGGAAGUCAAGUGGGGAGGAGCUAAGCAUCAUCCAGAAGAUAAGGAUGACGGUGGAAGAAUGCACCCUAGGUCAUCUUUUAAAGCUUUCCUUGAAGUAGUGAAAAGUAGAAGUCUGCCUUGGGAGGUUUCGGAGAUAAAUGCCAUUCAUUCUUUGCAGAUUAUAAUGAGAGACUCGUUUCAGGAUAUGGAGAGCAGGAGUCUGAAAACACUGAGUUCUGCACAGCAGAGUGACGAUACUCAGAUGCAUGAGAUGGAUGAGCUCAGUUCCGUGGCUUGCGAGAUGGUUAAAUUGAUUGAGACAGCAACUGUUCCAAUUUUUGGAGUUGACUCAGCUGGUGUAAUUAAUGGCUGGAAUGAGAAAAUUGCUGAAUUGACAGGAUUACAAGUUGACAAUGUUAUGGGGAAGUCCCUGGUUAAUGAAGUGAUUCAUGAGGACUCUCGCGAAGCUGUCGGAAAUCUUCUAAGCAGAGCUUUGCAAGGUGAGGAGGAGAAAAACAUUGAGUUAAAACUGAGGUACUUUGGAACUUCAAAGGAAAAAAAUGUUGUAUAUAUAGUGGCCAACACCUGCACAAGUCGGGAUUAUGCAAACAAUAUAGUAGGGGUGUGUUUCGUUGGUCAAGACAUCACUAAUGAGAAAAUAGUUAUGGACAAAUUUAUCCGUUUGCAAGGCGAUUAUAAGGCUAUCAUACAGAGUCUUAAUCCGUUGAUACCGCCCAUAUUUGCAUCAGACGAGAAUGCUUGCUGCUCUGAAUGGAAUGCAGCAAUGGAAAAACUGACUGGUUGGAAAAGAGAUGAAGUUAUUGGUAAAGUUCUUACUGGGGAAAUCUUUGGAAAUUUCUGCAGGCUAAAAGGCCACGAUUCAUUGACUAAGUUUAUGAUAAUAUUGUACCGCGGAAUCAGUGGCCAAGAUAUCAAAAAGUUCCCUCUGGAAUUUUUCAAUAAAAAAGGGAAAUUCGUCGAGGUUUUAUUAACAGCGAACAAGAGGACUGACGCGGAUGGCAAUGCAGCGGGUUGUUUCUGCUUCUUGCAGAUUGUUGUCCCUGAUGUACAGCAAGCCUUAGAAGUAUGCAGGAAAGAUGAUGAAGGCUUUUCAAAAUUUAAAGAGUUGGCUUACAUUCGACAACAAAUGAAGAAUCCUUUGAAUGGUAUUCGAUUUACCCACAAGCUACUCGAAAGUACAGCUAUUUCAGAAAACCAGAAGCAAUUUCUUGAUGCUAGUGAUGCAUGUGAAAGACAGAUCAUGAUGAUUAUUGAAGAUGAUUUAGGAAAUAUAGAGGAAGGCAGUUUGGAGCUAAAGAUGGAAGAGUUUCGGUUGAGAAAUGUCUUGGAUGCCAUUGUUAGUCAAGCAAUGAUAUUGCUGAGGGAAAAGAACUUGCAGCUCUUUCAUGAGAUUCCUGAAGAUAUCAAGUCACUAUACCUGUAUGGAGAUCAUAUUAGGCUGCAGUUAGUCUUGUCAGAUUUCUUGCUCAAUGUUGUACAUCAUGCACCUGCAUCAGAUGGCUGGGUUGAAUUAGAAAUUUCCCCUGGUCUCAAGUUAAUACAGGAUGAUAACGAGUUUAUCCGCUUACAGUUCAGAAUAAGCCAUCCUGGGGAAGGCCUUCCUGCUGCUCUUGUCCAGGACAUGUUUGAGGGUGGAAAGCAAUUGACUACACAGGAAGGCCUUGGGUUAAACCUGUCUCGGAAACUUCUCAGUCGGAUGAAUGGGCAGGUCAAGUAUGUCAGAGAGCAUAGCAGGUGUUACUUUCUCAUCGACAUCGGAUUUAAAAUGAGGAAAGAAAGACAAAGGGGAGGAUCAAGGGCAGAGUCAAGCAGGAUGACUUAAACUUCUUCAGGACCCCUAGAGAAAUCUGUGUAAUUGAUCCGCGCAGACUGCGAAAAUCAUAGUCUAUAUGAUGCCUCUAUCAGGGUUUGAGAUUCUCGUUAUGCCCUAGUUCGAUCUUUUCUAAAAUAUAUUUUUACCAUUCGAGGUUAUCAAGCACUCAGUGUCCCCUAGGAGCCAGUCUUCUUACCUAGUAUGGCAUCCCAUUGCCAUGCCAACGAUUUUAUGAUUGUAUGUACCUACUUCAACUAAAUUCGGCCAGUCAAUAUGUAUAUCCUGUGAUUCAAGUACAUAGCAUAUGAAAGUAAUCUUAGUUGGAAAUUGUAAAUACUCCUCCAUUUUUGCCACACAAUGGAAGGAAUUGGAUGUUAAAUUAUCUAGAAUAAAUUGGGAGCUCUCGAA